AUGUUUAUAAUUAUAGGGGUUGUAGGUAGAAUUUGUAGUGGAAAAACCGAAUUUAGUAAAUUAUUAAGCGAAGAUUUCGAAUUUUAAAAUAUAAAUAAUUAAUUUUAUAAUCUUGACUAAAUAUUUUAGUAAAUAAAAUAAGAAAGAUAAAAAAAUCCUUUUACAAAUUAAGAUUAAAUUUAGGAAUUAGUAAAAAAGGAAUUGUGCUUAUAAAAUCAGCAAAUUCAAUUAUAAUCGUAAUAAAAUUGUUAAUAAAUAUAAAAAUUAAAUUCAAAUAAUAUAAUAAAUAACUUUACAUUACUAGAAGAAAUUUAAUUACUUUAAAGAAGAAACAGUUUCCAUUUGGUUUCUGUUGAUGCCCCAAUAAAUAAAAGAUAUUAAUAAUUUAAAAAUUAAUACAAAGAAAUUUCUAGUUUUAUUGAUUUUGAAACAUUUGCUUUAGUUGAUGAUUUAAUUUAUUAUGAGUUCAACUAUUAAAAAAUAAUGAAUUAAUCUAAAUUUAAUAUUAACAAUACUUAAACUUUGAAACAUUUUAAAUAAAAUAUAAUUGAGAAUUAAAAAAUGAUAAUAAGAGAUUUUAGACCAAACUUUGAUAUAUAUUUUAUGAAAUUAGCAUAUGAAACAAAAAAAAGAAGCAACUGUUUCAAAAGAAGUGUCGGUGCCAUAAUAACACUUAAUAAUAGAAUAUUAUCAACUGGAUAUAAUGGAACCUCAUAACAUCAUUUAAAUUGUUAUGAAGGGGGAUGCAAAAGAUGUGUAGAAAAUACUUAAUAAGGAAAAGAUUUAAUUGAAUGUGUAUGUAUUCACGCUGAGGAAAAUUGUAUUUUAGAAAUAGGAAUUAAACAUACAAAAGGGGCAUGUAUAUAUACCACUUUAUUUCCUUGUAAUUGGUGUGCUAAAAUUAUUCUUUAAAGUGGUAUUAAUAGAGUUGUUUAUUCUGAAGAAUAUAAUGAAAAUAAAAGCAAAGUUUUAUUUGAAGGAAAACUUGAAAUAGUUAAGUUAAAUUUAAGUGAAUAUAUAUAUUGA